AUGUGCUUCCUAAUUAACUGCCUUAAACGUUUAAAAAGUUCACAGCAAUGGCUAAAUCGUCAAAAAACUGAUCCAUAUGUUGAAAAAGCUAAAAUGUACAAUUACAGAUGUCGAAGUGCUUUCAAACUUUUGGAAAUGAAUGAAAAGACAAAUAUUCUUACUCCCGGCUUGACUGUUGUUGAUCUUGGUGCAUCACCUGGUUCUUGGACUCAAGUAGCAGUACAGAAGACUAAUUCUGAUGGAGCUGAUAAAAGUAAACCUAAAGGCACAGUGUUGUCAAUUGACAAACUGCAAAUAUUUCCUAUAUCGGGUGCUACAAUAAUGAGCAACAUGGAUUUCUCAACUAUUGAAGCACAUGAUAAAGUAGUAGCAGCCCUUAAUGGUAAGAAAGUGGACCUGGUGUUAUCUGAUAUGGCUCCAAGUGCUACUGGUAUAAGAGAAUUAGAUAAGGAUAGAAUCAUAGGUCUUUGUUAUAUGGCAAUAAGAUUUGCUGCUCUAGUCACUAAAAUUAAUGGCAAUUUAUUGUUUAAAGUUUGGGAUGGUAAGGAGGUACCCAUAUUAGAAAUGGAUUUGGAAAGAUUUUAUAAAACUAUUAAGGUAAUGAAACCAAAUGCAAGUAGAUCAGACUCAUCCGAAAAAUUCAUACUUGCUCGUGGAUUUAAAGGUAUUCAGAGGCCCUUAGAAAAUGGACGCUGGGGCUAA